UUUUUUUCUUUUUUUUUUUAAGUUAUUAUUUCAUACAGAUAUCUCAUUGAUCCAUAUUAUGGUAAAGAUCUCUGUAUUAGGAGGUUCGAAAGGAUGUUCUCGUGCCAUGGUUGUUCAAGGGCUCGAAGAAGGCAAACAUGAUUUUAAACUUUUAAUUCGAAAUCCAGAUCACAUGGAGUAUACAGAGGAACAAAAGGCAAAAUUGAGUAUUAUAAGGGGAGACGCUUUAGAUGAAAAAGCAGUAAAAGAAACAAUUCAAGGUACAGAUGUCGUUGUUUAUUCUAUUGGAAGUGUUGUGGAUCUUAAAAGUGGGAAAAUGGUUUCACCUGGUUUAUGUCAUGAUACUAUGACUGUAUUAAUCAGAGUCCUUGAUCAUCUUGAUGAAAAUGAACGACCUAAGCGUCUUGUUGUUGUCUCAACUACUGGGUUAGACGGCAUGAAGGAAGUCCCUUAUUUGUUUAGACCUCUUUAUUAUUUCCUUUUACAUGAACCACACCAAGAUAAGCAGAGAUUAGAGGAUUUAGUAGAGCAUAAAAACAAAUCGAUUCAUGAUUGGAUCAUUGUACGACCCAGCUUAUUAACAAAUGGUAAACUUGUUGGUGAUUAUAAAGCAAACGUUGGUAUUUCAGGAUACACAAUUUCUCGACAAGAUGUUGGUCACUUUUUAAUUAAUCAUUGUAUUGAACCUACAACGUGGCUUAAGAAAAAAGUAGUUGUUACAUAUUAAAAAAAAAAAAAAAAAAAAAA